GAAAAAAAGAAAAAAAAGACGAUUCUUAGCUUUGGCUUCAAAUCUCAAUUAGCUUCCAUCACCGUUUAUCUCUUUAAAAGACGAUUCUCUGCGAAUCGCGAGAUCUCGGAAUCGCAACCUUGAUUUUCCGAUAUUGAUUGGAUUGUUUUUUUGUUUUUUGGUCGGUAUUCACGAUUUCACCGUUAAAUUGUUUUUUAGCUGGUACUAGGGGGAGAAUUUCAACGAGAAUUUUGUAGAUUUUUUGGAUUGGAAUUAGGGUUAGCAAAAAGAUGGAGAAGUACGAGCUGGUGAAAGACAUAGGAGCAGGGAAUUUCGGAGUAGCGAGGCUGAUGAAGGUCAAAGACUCGAAGGAACUUGUUGCCAUGAAAUACAUCGAGCGUGGUCCCAAGAUUGAUGAGAAUGUGGCGAGAGAGAUCAUUAAUCACAGAUCACUUCGUCAUCCUAAUAUCAUCCGCUUUAAGGAGGUUUGUAAAUUUUUCCACAUGUGUUCUCCGUGAAAAAAGAUAUCUACUUGAAAGUUGAUUUGUAUUACAGGUGGUGUUGACUCCAACACAUCUUGCAAUUGCCAUGGAAUAUGCUGCUGGUGGUGAACUUUUCGAGCGUAUUUGCAGCGCUGGCAGAUUCAGUGAGGAUGAGGCGAGAUACUUCUUCCAGCAGCUUAUAUCAGGUGUUAGCUAUUGCCAUGCUAUGCAAAUAUGCCACAGAGAUUUGAAGCUGGAGAAUACACUCUUGGAUGGUAGUCCUGCUCCACGUCUCAAAAUCUGUGAUUUUGGUUAUUCCAAGUCCUCUCUACUACACUCGAGGCCUAAAUCAACUGUUGGAACUCCAGCAUAUAUUGCACCUGAGGUCCUUUCGAGGAGAGAAUAUGAUGGCAAGAUGGCUGAUGUAUGGUCUUGUGGUGUAACUCUUUAUGUCAUGCUUGUUGGAGCAUACCCUUUUGAAGACCAGGAAGAUCCCAAAAACUUCAGGAAAACUAUACAUAAAAUCAUGGGUGUUCAGUACAAGAUCCCGGACUACGUCCACAUCUCACAAGAUUGCAAACAUCUCCUUUCCCGUAUAUUUGUGGCCAACUCAGUCAAGAGGAUAACCAUUGCGGAAAUCAAGAAACACCCGUGGUUCCUGAAGAACUUGCCUAGAGAACUCACAGAGACUGCUCAAGCUGCAUAUUUCAAGAAAGAGAAUCCAACCUUCUCCCUCCAGACAGCUGAAGAGAUCAUGAAGAUAGUGGAUGACGCCAAAACGCCUCCCCCUGUUUCCCGUUCCAUUGGAGGUUUUGGCUGGGGAGGAGAGGAAGAUGCAGAGGGGAAAGAGGAAGAGGAGGUGGAUGAAGAGGAGGUGGUAGAGGAGGAGGAAGACGAAGAAGAUGAAUAUGAUAAGACUGUAAAGCAAGUACACGCGAGCGGAGAAGUGAGAAUCAGUUGAUUUUUUUGUUUGGUUUUGUGGGUGUGUAAGAAAGAAGUUGUCGUUGGUUUGCUGAAACGUAAAAUUCUCUGUUUUUUUUUUUUUGGUCUUUGCCAAUUACAAUGCUUUGGUUUUUUUUUUUUUUUUUGAAGAUUU